AUGGUGUAUCGGAUUUUGAAUGAAAGCUUGUCAGUUCUGUUAUUUUUAUUGUGGUUGGCAAUAAACGUAUACCUCUUUGUUGACACAUUCAACUGGUAUGAAGAAGAGGAUGCCUAUCUCUAUACACGGGUUAUGCUGGGCUCCACGCUUGCCUGGGCAAGAGCUUCUGCCGCCUGCCUCAACUUCAACUGCCUCUUAAUCCUCUUACCAGUCAGUAGAAACCUGAUUUCAUUCUUAAGGGGAACAAAUUUUUGUUGUACCGGAGUACUGAGGAGACAACUUGACAAAAAUAUCACAUUUCACAAGACUAUUGCAUAUGGAUUAGCUGUAAAUGCAACCAUUCAUAUCAUUGCACAUUUGGUCAACAUAGAGCGAUACCACCUUAGCCAUUCAAAACAAGCAGGAGAGUUAAGCAAUAAACUGUCUGGCAUUGGCAAGAGCCCCAAUGAAACCUACUUGAACCCAAUCCGGAACUACGACACUAAUACAGUAACUGAAAUACUAACUACUGCUGGACUGACUGGUCUCCUGAUCACUGUGUUGUUAAUUCUGAUCAUGACUACAUCUACAGAGAUCAUCACAAGAUCUUUCUAUGAGGUGUUCUGGUAUACCCAUCACCUGUUUGUCUUUUUCUUCAUUGGUUUGGUUAUCCAUGGAACGGGUCAGCUCAUCAGGGGUCAGACCACUCAGAGUCUGUUGCUGCACAAUGUCACUCACUGCAAAGAUCAUUAUUUGGAGUGGGAAACAUCAGCUCAGUGUCCUCUGCCACAGUUCUCUGGCAAUGACCCUGCGGCUUGGAAGUGGGUCUUAGGCCCUGUGAUAUUGUACAUCUGGGAAAGAAUUAUUCGCUUCUGGAGGUUUAAGCAAGAGGUUGUCAUUACAAAGGUGGUGUCUCAUUCUUCUGGAGUUCUGGAGCUUCAUAUGAAAAAAUGUGGCUUUAAGAUGGAGGCCGGUCAGUAUAUCUUUCUCCAGUGUCCUGCUAUCUCACAGAUGGAGUGGCAUCCUUUCACUCUCACUUCAGCACCAGAAGAUGACUUUUUCAGUGUACACAUAAGGUCAGUCGGAGAUUGGACAGAAGCUCUUUUCAGUGCCUUUGGAGCAGAGGAAAAAACCUUUAAGGAGCCAUGGAAGCUGCCAAGAUUAGCUGUGGAUGGACCCUUUGGAGCGGCAGCAACAGAUGCCUUUCAGUAUCAAAUUAGUGUAUGCAUUGCAGCAGGAAUAGGAGUCACUCCUUUUGCUUCCAUUCUGAAAUCUAUAUGGUAUAAGUGCUGUAAUCUAAAUACAGGACUGAGACUGGAAAAGGUUUAUUUCUAUUGGAUUUGCCGAGAUCCAUCUGCCUUUGAGUGGUUUGCUGAUCUCCUGUGCUUGCUGGAAGCACAAAUGGCUGAGAAAGGGAAAGCCCAUUUUCUAAGCUAUCACAUAUUUCUUACCGGCUGGGAUGAAAGUCAGGCUACUCAUAUUGCCUUACAUUAUGAUGAAAAGUUGGACGUAAUUACCGGCUUGAAACAAAAGACCUUCUAUGGACGGCCUAACUGGGACACUGAAUUCAAACAAAUAGCAGAAAAUCAUCCUAGUAACAGCAUUGGUGUUUUCUUUUGUGGACCAAAAUCUCUUUCUCAAAGCCUUCGAAAGAAAUGCAACUGGUAUUCAUCUACUGAUCCAAGAGGUGUUCAAUUUUACUACAACAAAGAAAGUUUCUAGAUUCUGAACUUCCUUGGGAAAUUAUAAUUGACAGCUCUGUGUUAGGGGUAUUUUUCCCUCUAUACGUUUCCUGAUUUUGGUGGGAUUAUACAAUUUUGAAUCAGAACAUUUAGUAUUCCAUGUUUAGUAAAUGAAAUUGUAUCUCUGUAGUGCAACCUGACAUUGCUUACAGUGAGUGUGAUGCUUUAAAAAUAGUGGAGGGAAAUUCCCAACAGCUCCAACAAUCCUUUGCAUUCCGAGUAGGGAUGGGGUUUGCUGUCUAGUUCCGAUCUGCUUGGUUUCUGAGAGUCUGGCUUUUGUUCCUGGUCUGCCCCUUUUUGUUUCUGUUUGCUUUUGCAAUUGCCGAUCCGCUAAUUUUUUUAAGUGAAAAAAAUAAUGUAAUUUCUAACUAAAAUGCUUAUGAUGUUCCAUGUGGUUUUUUCCUAUUUAUAUAUCAACUAGGCAGAUAACCGCCCAUUGAGUCUGUCUCUUGCUUCAGGCUAACUGAUGUGCUGCUUAAUGAUUCCUCCCUUUUGCUGUUCUUGUUGUUUUGCAGUGCUUUUGAUUUUUACUAUUAAAGGUUGACCACCACUGCUUGUUUUAACU